UUUAGUGGCCAUUUCUGGCGGCAAGAACGGUUCUUUGCUUCAGUUUUGUCAUCAUUUGGCUUGUUCUUUUGGCUUAUCUUUUUAUCAUCAAUGUGAUUUUUCACGGUUGUGUCUUUGUUUGUUUAAGCAAAAAGUUUUGUAAUUAAACCACUUAAUGCAUGGCUUCUGCGUUCAUGUAUAGUUGUUUACUUGUUUAAAGAUCUUCAUAACUUUUAAAAAAGCUCCUUACUACCCACUCUGUUUGAUUACUGAGAAAACUGAGGAAACGAAAAUAAAUAUAUAUUUUAACACUUUUUUAUGAACUAUUAGUCUUUCAUUUCUGAAAAUGGAAACGCUUGCUUUACUUAACUUUUAUACCAAAUGGUUAUGGUAGACUGACGACUUCCAUUAUGUUUUUUCUGGCUCUUCAGCAAUGGAAAUUUGAUUAAAUCCUUCCCUUUAUUUUCAGUUUCUCACUGUAUUUUUGGUGCAUUUUCUGGGUUGAUGAAAAUUUUUAUAAUCUUUCUACUUUUUCGUUUUUUAUUUUCUUGUUUUCUUUUUCCAUUCCUCUAAUGAUAAUUACGUAAUAGUUACUUGAUAUCUUCUUUUUUUUUUUUUUUUCUUUUAGGCCAUCUUUGAUUCUGUUUUGACAAAAUCAUGCUUUUCUUUCGUCCUUUUCUGCUUUUCUGUUUCUCCUUUAUCUCUUCUCGUUUUUCUCUCUAGUGCGAAUUCAAAGUUUGUCAAUCUCUCUCUCUCUCUCUCUCUCUCUCUCUCUCUCUUGUAGAGCAUACUUUUAGAAGUAUGGAAUGUUUUUACUUUUUUUAUGGGAUGGUCUAAGUUUCAAAUUUCUUUACAUGGGUUUCUUUUCCUUUAUGGCUUCAGCAAAAUUUUGAAAACUGAAAAAUCUGAUCAUAGAUGUGUUGUUGGCCCUAUUUUCCAGCAUUUUCUGUGGAACCAAACAGAGAUUUCUGUCUUUUUUAUGGGGAUGAUUUGAAACAGCGUGUUGGGACACAGAUAUACUUUUUCUUUGUUCUUUGUCUUAAACUCUUCUGUGUGGCUCUCUUUGUGGAACUCAAUAUAAAGCUGGUUUCAUUGUCGAUUAACGUAAUCCCCACCAGAUUGUAAUUGACUAAGAUUAAAAGAUCCCAGUUUUCUGUAUCGAGGUUUGAGGUGUAAAGUGACCUAUGGUUUCAGUGGUGGGAAUCUUUGGUGUUUGGAUAGUCUUUUUCUUGGUUGACUAUUCUAGCAAAAUUUGGAGUUUAAUGUGAGAUCUGUUCUGUCAAAAGGAGGAAUCUUGUCCAUUAAUCACAGUGCAGAUGCCUUGUUCUUUCUGCUGUUGAACAAAUGGGGGCUUGUGUCUCGACUAGUAGCCAAAGUACUUGUAGUAGUAGGAGGAGCAAUGCAGAUACUGUUCCCCCCCCAUGCUUGGGGAUUGGAUUUUGCGGGCAAAAGAAAACUAAAAGAACAUUCUCCGACCACGUAGUUACACUGCAGCAUUUACCCUCUAUACCUAACAGGAUUUUCACUAAUGGAAAGAGCCGAACUUCUUGUAUAUUCACACAGCAGGGUCGCAAGGGCAUAAACCAGGAUGCGAUGAUCGUAUGGGAAGAUUUCUUAUCAGAAGAUGUGACUUUUUGUGGUGUCUUUGAUGGCCAUGGUCCACAUGGCCAUCUUGUUGCCCGCAAGGUGAGGGAUGCCCUGCCAAUGAAGUUACUGUCAUUCUUGCACUCUAAUCAGUCGAGGCAAAAUGGGACAGGUCAAACCUGUUUUAAGGGGAACUCAAAGAAAUCAGAAAUUGGAGAUUCUGAGAAGGAUGGGUCCAUGGAGGAUAAACUGAAUUCUGUAUGGAGAGAAGCAUUCCUCAAGUCCUACAAGGCUAUGGACAAAGAGCUGAGAUCCCAUCCUAAUUUGGACUGCUUCUGUAGUGGUAGCACUGCUGUCACUAUGGUAAAACAGGGCUCCAAUCUUUUCAUGGGAUAUAUUGGGGAUUCUCGUGCAAUCAUGGGAUCUAAGGAUGACAAUGAUUCUAUGGUUGCAAUCCAGUUGACUGUUGAUCUGAAACCUGAUUUGCCAAGGGAAGCAGAAAGGAUUAAACGGUGUAAAGGUAGAGUCUUUGCAUUGCAAGAUGAACCUGAAGUACCAAGAGUUUGGUUGCCAUUUGAUGAUGCCCCUGGCCUAGCAAUGGCACGGGCAUUUGGGGACUUUUGUUUGAAGGAAUAUGGGGUGAUCUCCAUACCUGAGUUCUCUCACCGCCUACUUACAGAGAAAGAUCAAUUCAUUGUUCUUGCCUCUGAUGGGGUUUGGGAUGUUUUGAGCAAUGAAGAGGUGGUUGAGAUUGUGUCAUCAGCUCCAACGAGGUCAUCAGCUGCGAGAAUCCUGGUGGACUCGGCUGCGCGAGAAUGGAAGCUCAAAUACCCAACUUCAAAAAUGGAUGACUGUGCAGUGGUUUGUUUAUUUUUGGAUGGGAAAAUGGACUCAGAAUCUGAUUAUGAGGAACAGUGCUUUUCUUCUGCAACCCUGCAGAGCAAUCAUUCUGGUAAUGCAAUUGAAUCAGAUGAUGGCCAGAAGUCUGAGCCAUGUUUGCAAAGGAAUUUUACUGUGAGAUCAUCAGAAGAAAACGAUAAUUAUGGAAAACUAGGGGCUGAAGUUGAUGGAAGUGGAGAAACAGUUGCUGGUGAAGAUCAGAGUUGGUCAGGUUUGGAAGGCGUCACAAGAGUGAACUCCCUUGUUCAACUUCCAAGAUUUUCUGAGGAAAGACCCAACCCAUAAUCUUCUUGUUUAUUGCAGAGCUGCAACGGGGCUGACAUAAUUGUAAUAUUUUGGCAUUUUCUUUGAGUUUGUGCAGGUAAAUUAUUGCCACACCCCUCUUGUAUUGCUAUGCCUCACAGAAACGUUCCGAAACAGCUUUCAUCAAGAAAAUGAACUGAAUCAUUAUAGUUAUGUUAAUAUGAUUUAAUUUUCAAUCAA